AUGGCAGAACUUACAUCAUCUUCAUAUAGGGUCGCUGUUAGCGACAAUAGUAGCGGAAUUUUUCCAUUUAGUUGUGACUUAUUUUCUUUAUUUGGUGACCCUAAAUUCUUACAAGGUGUUAUAUUGGGUAUUAUAUUGUUUUAUUUGAUUAUGUAUUACAAUUCCCGUAAAAGAAUGAAUAAGAGACAUAAUUGUUAUGAGGAAAAAUAA